UAGGAUUUUUAUAUUUUGGACAUGUAUUCAGUCUGAGCUGAAUCCAGAAUCGGAAACUCAGUUCAAGUUUAGUUUCCAAUUUAUUGACGAGGAAGCAAGCAAAGGCGGCUUUUUACAUAUUUCACUUAUUCGUCAGGUCGUCGAGGAACAUUUGAAUCAGAAUGCGAGAAGUAAUUUCUGUGCACAUUGGACAAUGUGGAGUUCAAACUGGUAACGCUUGUUGGGAGUUGUAUUGCUUGGAGCAUGGAAUUCAACCUGAUGGAGAAAUGCCUUCCGAUAAAUCCGUCGGGCUGGCUGAUGACAGUUUCAACACUUUUUUCAGUGAGACAAGCGCCGGAAAGCAUGUCCCCAGGGCCAUAUUUAUUGAUCUCGAAGAAUCCGUUGUCGACGAUAUCAAACAGGGAAAAUACAAAAAGCUAUUUCACCCAGACCAGAUGCUUACAGGAAAAGAAGAUGCGGCCAACAAUUAUGCCAGGGGGGCUUAUACCACUGGGAAGGAAAUUAUUGAUGUGACAGUUGACAGGAUUCGCAAAUUGUCCGAUCAAUGCUCCGGCUUACAAGGCUUCCUCAUAUUCCGAUCCUUCGGAGGUGGUACCGGAUCCGGAUUCACCUCAUUACUGAUGGAACGUUUGGCAGUAGACUAUGGAAAAAAGGCCAAGCUCGAAUUUUCUGUGUAUCCUGCGCCACAGGUUUCCACUGCAGUUGUCGAACCUUACAACUCCAUCCUUACUACUCACACAACUCUGGAACACUCCGACUGCACAUUCAUGGUCGAUAACGAAGCCAUUUACGACAUUUGCCAGAGGAAUCUGGGAGUGGAACGGCCAAGUUACAACAACUUGAAUCAAUUAAUUGGACAAAUCGUAUCGUCAAUAACGGCCUCCUUAAGAUUCGACGGUGCUCUAAACGUGGAUCUAAACGAAUUCCAAACUAAUUUGGUGCCGUUCCCUCGUAUUCAUUUUCCGCUUGUGACUUACGCCCCAGUCGUAUCUGCCGAGAAAGCUUACCACGAUGAUUUUUCUGUUGGGAGGAUCACCAAGGCUUGCUUCGAGCCUCAGAACCAGCUAGUAAAAUGCGACCCAAGAACAGGAAAGUACAUGGCUUGCUGUUUAUUGUACAGAGGGGACGUUGUGCCAAAGGAAGUAAAUGCAGCAAUUGCAGCCAUCAAGAUGGAAAAAACGAUUCAAUUUGUAGACUGGUGUCCCACAGGAUUCAAAGUAGGCAUCAACAACCAACCACCAACGGCUAUUCCCGGAAGCCAACAAGCAAAAGUUGGUCGUGCUGUUUGUAUGCUAUCCAAUAACACGGCAAUCGCCACGGCGUGGGCAAGAUUAAAUCACAAGUUCGACUUAAUGUUUGCGAAACGGGCCUUUGUCCAUUGGUAUGUUGGGGAGGGAAUGGAGGAGGGCGAGUUCGCGGAGGCCCGAGACGAUCUGGCGACCUUAGAAAAGGAUUAUCAGGAAGUUGGCGCUGAUAGUGGGGAGGCAGAAGCUCACGAGGAAUACUAAUGAGGCCAAAAUGUGUCACUCUCAAAUUGCAAAAUCUUAUGCAUUCAAUUACCUUCACAUGCUCAGUCAACCAAUUUUACCAGACUUUACUUGAUGUUUAUUGUUUCACUCGUUUAAUUAAAAUUGUCUAUAUUUAUGUGGCUUGCAAAUAAAAGAUUUCGCAAAGCUUGUUUGAUAUA